ACCCAAUCCUACCUCACAAAAUUCAAUGGCAAUGUCACCAGUAUCAAACACCUUUGACAGAUCGUCGUCUCUAAGACAAGUUUCGAGUGCACAUGACGAGUCAUCCCAACGCAGAACUGUCUAUGUUGCCGUACCCAGAGAUCAUGACCACGUAUCACUUCGCGAGAUCCUCCUGGAUACCGUCGACGGCAUAUCAAAAAUCCACUUUGCACACGGCAACCUCUUUCUCAUCUUUAAUAAUUCAUCCCAAGCCGACGCUGCGAUCGCCACCAUCAAUGACUCUUUGCACAUCAAAGCCCAAGUGGCACGCACUGAUCUACAUGACGACACACACAAUCCCGACCAACGACGACAUUCAAAUGAGCCAAGUGCCACCCUCAUCAUUUCAGCACCGAGAUUUUUUACAAAAGAUCUACUGGAGCGACUUUUACAAACGUAUCCUGGAUUCGAGUCCACAGAUGGCCGUAAGGCGCAUUUUUCGGAUGCCAUAUGGGCCUGCAAAGCCUUGGUUGAUGUGAACUCGGGGACAAACCUCACAGCACAAUUUGGCCGGCUGGCACAGAGUCUUGAGGUGGAGCGAAAUGGAGAUGAACGGCCAAAGGUCACUGUAGGGGAAGGUCGAGUUCGCAUAUCAAGGUCGGUGGAGAUCCGGGACAUUCCACGCAGUUCAAACUUUUCCCUUGUUAAAGACAUGCUCGGGAUGCUAUCGCUUUACCGAGGAUUUGUCAAAGUUGCAUUCCAGCCGGGAAAUGUAUGUUUUGUGGAUUUUGCGGAUCCGGAAUCCGCAACAACUGCCAUCUCUCGGAUUCGAGCGACGACUCAAAUGACUGCAGUAGCUGCUUUCAAACGACCGAACGAUCCGGGGCAUUUCCCACUGGAGAGACUCGCAUCUGCCCUGUUUGUUCGAUUGGAGCCAUUUCUAAAGGAGAAGGAUGCGCGAGCACUAUUUGAUGCUAUGGAAGGGUUCCAGGAAAUUGUCGCUGCAGGGCAGAAUCACUGUAUUGUGCGAUUUAAUUCAACGACAUCCGCGCAAGAGGCCCUUGAACACCUGCGUCGGGCGACGAAUCUUGUCAUUAAUUAUGCAAAAAAUCAACGGCGAGGCCAAUCUGCAUCAAAGUCACUUCCCAAUCCUACCGGGAAAUCAGUAGAGGUACGACAUUCGGCCGACAUGAACGAGCUACCGGGAGUAAGGGUAACAAACCCUCCGUUCGGUGCAAACGCAAAGGAAUUAUUCUCCAUUUACAAUGGGUUCAAGCGCCUCAUUUGCGAUGAAGAUGGAUCAUUGAUUGGUCUUUACGAAUCAGAAGAUGCCGCAAAACGCGCUCUCGCCGAGCUUCGUCGCUCCUUGAGCUCUGAACCGACAUUGGUGCGAAAGUCAUACUCAACGUACCGACCAUCUGACGAUGUUGUACCGUCCGCCGUACUUUACGUGGAUCUUCACGCUGCCCUCACUGAAGGCCAGGCGAAGAGACUAUUGUCCGCGUACAAUGGAUUUGUAGAUUUCAAAGUAUUUAUGAAAACCUCUGGAGACCAAUACGGCCUCGUACAAUACGCAUCGUUAGCGCAUGCGAAAAUCGCGUUGGAGGAUAUAUUGGCUACAACAAAUUUGCGGGUCAACUAUUCCAGAAAAGGUGAAACAGCUUUUGGCGCUGGCGGUAACCAAGUGCCGAAGCGCAGAGGGUCAUCCAGAUCCGGAGGAUCGUCGACAGUAGCAAGCCGAGAAAAUGUUUCUACAAGAUUGGAUGAGGACGAGAUUGAAUUUGACAAGACAUCUCCGCCGCAGCUGAAAAACUCUAUCGUUGAUGAAUCGGCCAGAACACCCACUACUGCCGGCCCGAAAUCCACCUUACACCUUACCUCACCACCACCCAACAAAGCUGUCCUUAAAAACUUUCUAAUUAAUCAAGUGGGCGCUACCCGAGUUAUGCUCAAACGCCUAACACGUCCCAACCUGUCUACAACGGGCGGUGACUACUGUUUUGUACUUUUCACCACUGCCGAAGCAGCCAGCCGAGCCAUCCCCAAAAUUGUCGAACGGUGGCCGGCAUGCAGCGUCGAUUACGCUCGCAACGAAUACGUAUCUGAGACUGUCAAUGAAUUGGAGAUUGGAAAAGAAUCCAAAGUUCUGUACAUUUUGACGCUGUAUUCGGUAACUUACAGCGAAUUGGAUGAGAUUUUGAGAGAAUAUGAGGGAUACAAGGAAUUGGAGUAUGCCCCUCAUCACUCGCGAGCAUAUUUCAACACCGUCGCGAACGCCCGCAACGCAUUAGAAGACCUCAAUAAAACAACAGGAUUCCAAUGCGCCUUUUCAAACGUCUCGAAUCAACGCUCUCAUCCUGACUCUGCUAAACGCGGAAACCGCCGCAUCCAAGGUCGACACGUGAAUGGAAGUGCUGUCGAUGAUACCAGAUCCACUGAUCAGUGGGAUAAGGACCGUGAUGAUGCUAAUGAAGGUGAAGGUACGAAAAUGAAAAAGGAGACUGAAAAACCGCUGAAAACGAGGAGGUAUAAGCAUUCGGGGCCUGGUAGUGGGAGUGGGAGUGAUAAAAACAGACGCAACGGCAGUGGGACAGAGAAUGGUGCGAAAAGAGAGGUCGCUGAUGUGGUGCAGGCUUCUGAACCCGCUUUCUUGAAUGAUGUGCAGCGGUAAAACAAGUUGUAGAUUCUGUCAUUUCGUGCUCAAUGCAGUGGCGUUGUAGCGUUUCCAUCGACAAUACAAUGAUGUUUGCACCCUGGCCUACCUUGUUCCCCUGACUGUUGAGAUAUGCGUAUAGGGUACAAAAAACGUUGCAUAACAGAUUACUUAUGGC